AUGGCUACGGAAAAUCCCUUGCUUCUGGCGCGAGGCGGAAAAACUUCAGGUCUCUCUCCGCCGCGCGGCGCGCGCCCUGGGCGGGAGGCGCCGCCGCCCGCGCCCGCCGGCGGGCGCGACCUGAACAACCUCGGGUCGGAGCUCCAGGCCCUGAACAUCCAUCAGCAGAUGCUGUUUGAUCCUUCGGUCUCGCCUGACGACAAACGCCUCGACAGCUAUUUUCCUGCCUUCACGCGGCGAAUCGACGACGAACUGAGUCUGCCGUCGGCGACCGCUGCCGCCGCCAAGCCGGCGCCGGCGACGCCGUCGCCGUCGCCGGGCGCGGGGCCGAAGCUCCUCAGUAGCGCGCGGCAAAAGGAAGACCUGGAUCGGUUUUUCGGCGAAAUUGGCAAGCCGAUUGACCUAUCCGCGUCGGCGCCCGGCGACAUUUCGUUUAGCGGGCGCCGGAUGCUUGGCGCAGACUCGAGUUCCAGCCCCGCAGGCGAAGACCGCGACGGCCGCAGUCGCUUCCGCAUCGACGUCCGACAGCCCGCUCGCCCGGUCGGGUACAGCGAGGUAGUGGAGCGCAUCCGCCGGGACCAAGAUCGGCAGGAGCGGGCGGCAGUCCGCUUCGCUGCGGCGAGCGCCGCCGCUGCCGCAGCAGCGGCGGCCAUCGGCGCAGACGCAGACAAAAUCGAGUGCAAAGUGACCGUCGAAGAGCAGGCCCUGCCUGUCGCGGUCUCCGACGAGCGGAGAGGCGGAAGGGAGGCCACCGCGAGCUCCAUCCCGCCGGCUGCGGCGGCCUCGACGCGUGUCUCCAGCGCCGUGGAGGAACCCGCCGCGGAGUGGGGGGCGGGGGGGGAUACGCUGGUGCUGCCUGAGGCGAGCGGCGGCCCUCGCAGGGGACGAAAACUGGGGACGGAGAAGGUCGACGCAGAAAACGGCACCGCGAGGGUCGACGUUGCCGAUCCCGUCGUGUAUAGCCGCAGCCGCUGGGUCGACGAGCGCCGCGGCGAAGGCGGCGCGCCUCCCGCCCAGUUCCCCUUCCCGAGAGGCCUCACAGAAAUGCAAGAGAGGAUGGAGGAGGAGUGGAUCGACCGCGAAAGGCGCCUCCGGGCUGAACAUAAGAGAGAACUCGAGAAAGCCCUCGCACACGAAACCGAAAAACUGUCGCGGGAGUAUAGUCGGCGGCUGGUGUUUGAGCUUCAGGAGCAAGAGAAGGAGCUUCUCUCGCAGAUGCAUGAGCGCCAGCGCCAGGCGCUGGCUGAGAUCCGCUGCAUCUCCGAGUCCAAGACAGAUGCCCAAGAAGAAACGCAGCGACUACAGCGGGCCGUCAGCACCAAGGAGCAACACCUGCAGAAGGUGACGCAGGACUUGCGCCUUCUUCAAAGCGAACGCGAGGCUCUGCUGGCGAAGGUGCAGACCUUGGAGACCGAGAACGCGAACUUGCACGCGGCGCUGACGCCUCUCGAGAAGCAGGCCUGCACGCAUCGCGCGAAGGAGGAGGAUCUGCAGUUGCGGCUCGACCGCGUGACGGCCACCAACGACAGACUGCAGCUGCAGCUGCAGCACGAGCAGCAGCUAGCGGCGAAUUUCGCUCAGAAGCGAAGAGGACUCGAGAGAGAGAUCGAGGUCUCUGAGGAGAAGCGCGCGACCGCUGAGCGCGAGUGGAAGCGAGUCGCCGCGGAGCUUCGGGAAGUCCAGGAGCGCCAAGCGGGGCUCCACGCAGCCAACGCGCACCUGCAGAACGAGCUUGACAACGCGAUUCGGCACGGGAAGAAUCUAGAGCAGAAGAUCGGCGCCGACAAGAACAGAGAGGAGGAACGACAGCAAUUGUCUCAGCGCGUGGAGAGGCUCCAGGAAGAAAAGGAGGAUAUCGAACGCCGCGACGCCGACGAAAUCACGUCUCUCCGCAAUCGCCUGAAGCACUUGGAGACUAUUGAGUGGCAAUACCGCACGCUGCGCCAAGACUACGAAAGCCAGAAGAUCGAGGUCGAGCACCUCAGAGACGAGAACGCCACACUGCUGGCGGAACUUCGCCAUCAGAACAAAGAAGGGCACACCACAAGGCUGGAUCAGCAGGCGCUUCACAAUGACUUGAUCGUCCUCAAACAGGAGAACGUGGAUCUGCGCAAGGAAGUGAAUCGCCUCAUCAAAGAGCGCAACUCCGCAGCAGCGACAGGCGCGCUGCCUCCGUACACGCCGACGAGGCCGACGACGCUCUCCACGACGCCGUCUCCCGAAAAUCCUCUGGUGACGCGCAGCUACGGCCCCGAGUCGCCCGCCCCUCUCGGCGCCGCCGCGCGCAUCGGAACUGCGGCGGAUCCCAGCUUGAACGAAAACAAUGCGGCCGUAUGCUCGUCGCUCACAGGCCCGAUGAACCGCCGAUGCUUCACGUCCGAUGGACGGGUGAGAUGCCUCACCGAGCCGUCUAUCGUCCAGCCGCAGCACGCAGGCGCCCUCGACGCGCCUGGAAGCCUCGUGCCCUACGGCGCCCUGCGAUGCUCGACGACCAACAACCCGACUGGGCGGUGCACGCAGCCUUCGCCUUUCGUAUCUGACGCGACCAAUCCGCUUGAGCAUGUGCACUACCCAUCCGUCGCCUCGCGCCUUGGCCUCACAGGCGACCAUCCGUCCUACAUGUACAACGGCGCGGACAGCAAGACACCCGUCGCGUGGGCUGGGGGCCUGGAGGAGCGAGCGACUCGAGGCAACGCCAGACAUCUCGAGAGAGUCCAGACGCCCGAGCAAGUUGCUUCGCUCGAACGGCAACUUCUGCUGCUGUCCACCGAGCGCAGACGCAUCGAAAGCGAGUUGAGUCGCAUUCCUGCCGCGCGAGGCCGAACCGUGAAGGAGCGCCAGCAGAUGCAGCAGUUGGAGCAGCGCUUGGCUGAAGUGGACACGACGAUGCAUCGCAUGAAACAGUCUCUCUUUCAGGCGCGCCGCAAAAAAUAG